GCGGGCGGGCUGCGCACCCGGAAGUGCGGCGCCGGCUGUGGUUUAACCCGCGGCGGCGGCGGCCCCGGCAGGGGAAGAUGGAGACCCUGAAAGACAAGACCCUGGAGGAGCUGGAGGAGAUGCAGAAUGCCGAGGCCAUUGACCGUCUGGCCCAGGAGGCCCCCGAGGUCCAGGACCUGCAGCUGGAACGCGAGAUGGCACUGGCCACCAACCGCAGCCUGGCUGAGCAGAACCUGGAGUUCCAGGGUCCCCUGGAGAUCAGCCGCUCGAAUCUCUCGGACAAAUACCAGGAGCUCCGGAAGCUCGUGGAGCGGUGCCAGGAGCAGAAGGCCAAGCUGGAGAAAUUUUCUUCAACACUGCGGCCAAGUACUUUGCUAGACCUUCUGCAAAUCGAAGGCAUGAAGAUCGAAGAAGAGUCAGAGGCCAUGGCUGAGAAGUUCCUGGAGGGUGAGGUGCCCUUGGAAACGUUCCUGGAGACCUUUUCCUCCAUGAGGAUGCUGUCCCACCUGCGCCGGGUCCGUGUGGAGAAGCUCCAGGAGGUGAUGAGGAGGCCCAGAGUAUCUCCGGAGCUGGCGGGGGAUGCUCUUCCUCCUCGCCCACCUCCCCCGCCUCGCCCGGCCCCCCAGGCGACCCCUGUGGCUGGCGAACAGCCACUGCCGCCCCCGCCCUCGGCAGGCCUGCCCUACCCGCUGCCCUACAGCCCAUCUCCCGGCAUGCCCGCAGGCCCCACGGCGCAUGGCGCCCUCCCGCCGGCCCCCUUCCCCUCCCGCGCUGUCCCAGCCCUACCCCAGCCCCCCGCCAGCGGGCCCAUGGGCCCUGCUUACCCGUCAGCCCAGCCAGCACCCAGGGCUGCUGGGGGCUACUCCUGGUCCCCGCAGAGGAGCACGCCGCCCCUGCCCAGCUAUCCCAUGGCCCCCGCUGGUGCUUCUGGCCCAGGGUACCCGUUGGCGGGGGGCCGCGCCAGUGCUGGCUAUCCUCAGCAGCCGUCCUACCCCUCGACGGGAGGCAAGCCACCGUACCCCACUCAGCCCCAGUUCCCAGGCCCGCCCCAGCCCUCAGGCCUGCCUCGGCCGCCCUAUCCCAGCCCCACCCCUCCCUACGGGUUCCCCCAGCCUCAGGGGCCUGCCUGGCUGGGUAUUAGAGGCUGGCCUGGCCCUUCCCUACCUCCCCUGUCCCUCAGCCUUGGGCCCACCCUCCUGAGAUUCCAGGUGAAACUGGGAGUGGAGCUGGCACUCCUCAUGGACUUGUGGGGGCACGCAGGGACCUGGGGCACCUGGCUGGGGCCCUGCGGGCCGUGGGGACAGUGGGCACAACUCAUCGACCUUCCCGGGGAAGGGGGCGCCUCCUUGCAGUGA